AUGAGAAAAGAACACAGAGUUCUUGUUUAUUGUCUACUCGCAACAGUGAAAAUUCCAUUGAAUAUUACAUCCUCAGAUAAAGUUUAUACACUCAUCCAUGCAUUAUUAACAUUAAGAACUGCUGUUGUCUAUACACUACAUAAUAUUUUAGCGUGUCUUGAUGAAUCUAGCGGUGGACAAUCUUCUGAUGAGACUACAUCAACUAUUGACAAGCCAAAGAGAAGGAAAAAGAAAUAG